AUGGUUCAUUUCCCCGGACGCAGAAGACAAAAAUCCGGAAAGUUGGCCUUGAAGGCUCAACACCCAGUCCAAGUCGAGACUCUGAAGUGUCUCGAUCAAGCGUUGCUCCCUGUCCUCCAUUUCCCUCAUGUCCUGAUCAUAACCAUUUCUUCCAAGUCCGUUAUGGACCGUUCUGGUGGCUCAGACGCACCUGAGGUUUGGGAAACCUCAUUGUUAGUGUGCUCCUCCACCAGACGUCGGCGCCUUUCCUUCCGCUUCUCUCGCUCGGCAUCUGGGCUUGUCAUUUUGGGGCCGGGCUGUGGACAUGAAUGA